AUGUGCCCGGGUGCCAAUGCACCGGACCCAGCCUCCUCCCGACUCUCUGGCCGCGCCCUUGACUCCUUCGACCCCUGCCAGACGCCCACGCAAUCCCUCGGCCCGGUGCCCACGCGCGACACCGAUGGGCACUUCUGCCUGGCUUGGAGCCCCUCGCGCUCCGGGGCCUCGGUCCUGGCGGUCGGCUGCCAGCGGGAGAACUGUGUGAAGCUCUUCACCUACGUCGAGAACCUCCGCAAGUGGGAGCACAUCGCCAGCCUGGCCCACACGGCGGCCGUCAAUGACCUGGCCUGGGCGCCGGAAAUCGGCCGCACGCACAACCUCCUGGCCACAUGCAGCCGCGAUGGCCGGGUACGCAUCUGGCGCGUUCCGCUGGCUCUGGAGCCGGCGGCCGCUGGCGGGCUGCUGGAGCCGGCGGCCGGGGCCGCGCGGCCGCGGUCCCCCCCGGCGGCCGGGGCCCCGCAGAUCACCGUCCAGGCCUCGGUCCCGGCCUUCCCAUGCACCCUGGCCGAUGAUGAGGGGGCCCUUUCCACCAUCUAUCCCCUGCUGGACGACGUGCACUCGGCCGGGCAGUCUGUCUGGCGGGUGUCCUGGAAUCUGACCGGCACCACGCUGGCCUCCUCCGGGGACAACGGCUGCGUGCGCCUGUAUGGCUCCAACCUCCUCGGUCGGUGGACCUGCUUCAAUGUGCUGGCCUCGACAUCGACCUCGCGCCCGGCGAGCGAGUUGAUCCCCUUCCGCACGUGA